UGCGAUGGGGAGAAGUUUUCCGUGAGCACAAGUUCAAAGGGUGACUGGGUUGGAAGCGGUGGCGGCGAGUUACGUGGCUGCUUUCCUGCCUCCGAGAGUUCUGCAGCCGUGCUGUGCCGUGCUGAGGGGCUGCACCGUUGGCUGGAGAGCCUGAGCAUCCAUGGAGUACAUAAGCACGCGGGGAGGUGCAGGGACUGUUGACUUCGAGGGAGCCCUCUUCUCUGGCUACGCACCCGAUGGGGGCCUCUUUAUGCCCCAGCGCAUUCCCUUGCUGGAUGGGGACACUCUGCAGAAGUGGAGUCGUCUGUCCUACCGGGAGCUGGUGAAGGAGCUCUGCUCCCUCUUCAUCACAGCCGAUCUGGUCCCGCGGAGCACGCUCAAUGACCUGAUCGACAAGGCCUUCAGUAGAUUCAGACACAAGGACGUUGUCCAUCUGUCCAGGCUGAAAGAUGGGCUGAAUGUUUUGGAGCUCUGGCAUGGGGUUACUUAUGCUUUCAAGGAUCUGUCCUUGUCCUGCACGGGGCAGUUUUUAGAGUACUUCCUGGAGAAAAAGCAGAAGCAUGUCACCAUUCUAGUGGGGACUUCAGGGGACACGGGAAGCUCGGCCAUUGAGGGUGUGAGAGGGCGGAAGAAUAUGGAUAUCUUUGUUCUGCUGCCUAAAGGGCUCUGCACCCAGAUACAGGAACUCCAGAUGACCACUGUCCUUGAAGACAAUGUCCAUGUCUUUGCUGCUCAUGGGAAUAGUGACGAAAUCGAUGAGCCGAUCAAGGAACUGUUUGCUGAUGUCGAUUUUGCCAGAAAAUACAAUCUGAUGAGUUUGAAUUCGGUCAAUUGGUCUAGGAUUAUGGUGCAGAUUGCUCACCACUUCUACGCUUACUUUCAGUGUGCUCCAUCCCUGGAUACCACUCCACUACCAGUGGUGGAAAUUGUUGUGCCAACAGGAGGAGGAGGAAAUAUCACAGCUGGCUGCAUUGCCCACAAAAUGGGUCUCCCGAUUCGACUUGUUGCAGUGGUUAACAGCAAUGAUAUAAUUCAUAGAACUGUUCAACAUGGAGAUUUCUCAUUGUCAGAGAGCGUGAAGGCUACGUUAGCAUCAGCCAUGGAUAUUCAGGAGCCUUACAACAUGGAGAGGAUCCUCUGGCUGCUCUCAGGCUCUGACAGCCAACUGACAAAAAAGCUGAUGGAGCAAUUCAACACGUCAAAAAGCCUUAAGCUGCCCAAAGAUUUGCACAGAAAGCUCUCCGAGACCCUGCGCUCAUGCUCAGCCUCUGACGAGGACAUCGUGCGAGCCAUGCAGCGCUGCUGGGAGGAAAACCGCUACCUGCUGUGCCCCCACUCUGCCGUGGCUGCUCACUACCACUACUCACACCUGGACAGCACACCCCGGUGUUGCUUAGCUCCAGCCUCUGCAGCUAAGUUUCAGGAUGCCCUUCUCCGAGCUGGCCUGGUUCCCCAGCUGCCCCCUGAAAUCACUGCCUUAAUGGCGAUGGAAACCAGGUCCACUCCCCUGGAACGGGGACAGGACUGGACACAAGUUCUUCGUGAAAAGAUUGAAGCCACAGCACAGCAGAGGAAGCAUGGAGUCACACAGACCUGAGCUACUGGGUCUCGGCUGGCUGAUGCCUCCCAGGGCUCAUCUUCCAUUCCCAGGAGAGCCCUAUGUUACACCGGGAGAAGAGCCUACAUUCUCCAUGCAAUGAAUUAUCAACAAGAGCACACGUCACAGUUGAAUUAUAUAGGCUAUUUCAUAACAUUUUUAGUGAAGAGUUCUGCAAUUGCAUCUCCUUUUUCCUAGCAGUUCAUAAAAAGUGAUUGAAACUUGGAAUAAACCCGCCUGUUCCAUUGUUACUCACUGUUACAGAAAUGUCCCUUAACACUACCCACAGCUUC